UCAACGCGCAUAUCCGAACAUCUUAGAACUGUACGACUUUUGAGACCACUCCCUGCAGAAAGAGAGAAGAGGCUACGGAGAAGGGAGGCUCUCCUAUUUUACUCUUUUUGUGACCACAUAUUUCAUUCCUUUGUCUUGACUCUGCUUCUUCUUCUUCUGGAUUCAUAGAUUGACUUCUACGCUUUUGCUUUCACUUUCUCUCGGAUUGCCUUAUAGGAUUUUCUCCCACCCAGUUUUGGUAUAGCGGGAAAGCAAAAAUAUAACUGGUAGGAAUGCUUACUAUGUUUUGUUUGGUUGCUGAGAAAACUGCACAAGAUGGAAAAUAACAUCUCGUUGAUGUUGUUUCAAAGUUUGAAGCUUUUUGACGUUUGGUCAUCCUCGUUUUCUGGUUUCGUUGUGAUAGGAACUUGAGUUCAUUCAUUUUCCGAAAACUGAUGAAGGGACAAGAAGGACUAGAAGUUUCUGGUCAAACUUGCUUAUUUUAAUACAUCGAUAGUAUGUAAUGGAAAAACAUUGGAGACAGCUCAAGUUCAUGGAGAAUGCUGGAAGCAGUGACUUUUUGAGGCAUAGAAGAUUGGAGAGCUGUCUGAACACAAUCUCUGGUCAAAGGUUGGAAGAGUCUCCUAAGAUUUCAGUGAAAGACGAAUCAGAAGAAAGAAGGCUGAAGACUGACGUAUUUUCGAAUUACGAUGAUGAAGGGUGGUUGUUGAAUAUCAUAUCAUGGAUCAGAAUUGUCAUAUGUUUUGUGUCUAUGAUGGUUACAACAUUCAUAUGGGCAUUGAUCAUGCUUGUUCUUAUUCCAUGGCCUUACGAGAGGAUUAGGCAAGGAAACAUUUAUGGGCAUGUGACUGGUAGAAUGCUGAUGUGGAUUCUCGGCAAUCCUAUAAAGAUUGAAGGUUCUGAGUAUUCUAACAAAAGGGCCAUUUACAUCAGUAAUCAUGCUUCUCCAAUAGACAUAUUUCUUAUAAUGUGGCUAACCCCAACUGGUACCGUAGGAAUUGCGAAGAAGGAGAUAAUAUGGUAUCCUUUAUUUGGUCAACUUUAUGUUUUGGCGAAUCAUCUUCGUAUAGACCGAUCAAACCCAAUUGUAGCUAUUGAGUCCCUGAAAGAGGCAGCUCGUGCGGUCGUGAAAAAAAAGCUGUCUCUGAUAAUUUUUCCAGAGGGCACAAGGUCCAAAAAUGGGCGGCUACUUCUUCCUUUCAAAAAAGGUUUUGUUCAUUUGGCGAUACAAUCACGCCUUCCUAUUGUACCGAUGGUCCUGACAGGCACUCAUCGAGCAUGGAGAAAAGGCAGCUUACAUGUUCGUCCUGCCCCUCUCGCUGUCAAGUACCUUCCUCCGAUAAGUACUGAAAAUUGGACAGUUGACAAGAUUGAUGACUAUGUCAAAAUGGUAUAUAACUUGUAUGCUGAACACCUCCCAGAGAAUCAGAGACCUUUGACCUGAAGGAUUUCAGAAAUAGGGUCAAAAUUCAAACAGAACUGAGAUACCUAUUUUUGUAAGCUAUGGCUGAAGUGAAAGUUCCCUCUCUCUGAUCAAAGUGGUCCUCAAUUGCUGCAACAGGCAAUAUGACCAUCGGUGGCUGGUGAGUUCUCAAAAGGAUUGUAAAUCUUGAAAUAAGCUUGGCAAACUUUAGUUGAUCAAGUUUUAUUGUCUUGUAGUUUUCCUUGAUCUUGUAAAUUGUUGACGUUUGAUUUUAAUGUUAAUGCUGUCAAAUUCCAUUUCA